AUGACUGAUGGUGAUGUCGUAUUUGUUGCUACCAAAGCUCUAUCUGUUAUGAAGAAGGCUGCGGUUGCCGAGGGUCUCGAAGAAGAUUGGGUAGCACCCUUGAGCCUGUAUGUCGCAAAACAGGUUUCAUCAUUGAAACAGUUUGAUACCCCCUGGCACAAGGACCGCAACAUUGAUCUCAAGAAUGCUCUGCAACUCUUCCUCAAAAGUAAAGAUGAAGAAGCAACCUCUGUGGGGGUGCGUGCUCAGCUGAAUCCUCCCCCUGUCCAACUACCUUAUACAGGGGGAAAAGACCCUUCAUUCCACUUAUGGUCCAAACUCCCUCUACCGUUCGGUGAAGAAUGGAAGGCUCCUACGGUCAAGGUUCCGUAUCUAGCGUUUAGAGCUCGCAUGAAGAAAUCUGCAGAUGUGUAUGGUCUGCCGCCUAGGUCAGCACAAUACUUCUUGAUCAGAAAUCUAGGAGGAGCCCUACGUGAAGAGGUAGAAGAAUUGGUAGUUCCUGGUGAUUCAGCUGCUAGCUGCUUGGAGUCGAUAUGGAAGUACCUUGAUAAUAAGUAUGCUGAUACAUUCUCAAAUGAGUGA